AUGAAGGGUGUCGUCUUUGCUCACCAGGGUGCUGAAGCCAAAGUCGUGGAUGACCUUGAGAAACCGUCGCCAGGACCGGACCAGCUACUCGUGAAAUCAAUCUAUGUAGCCAUCAAUCCUGUCGAUUCUUUUAUGAGUGAAUAUGGUAUCCUUGUCGUCAAGUGGCCUCUCAUCCUCGGCGUCGAUACCGGUGGUAUUGUUGCGGAGGCAGGGGAAGAAGCACAAUCCAAGUAUGGCUUCAAGAUUGGUGAUGAGGUUUUUGGCUGCACGAGGCUCGGUUGCCCCGAAUAUGGAGCCUGUCAGGAAUAUUUCCUCAUGGACGCCCAAGUCACCAUGCACAAACCAAAGAAUAUCUCACUCGUUCAGGCUGCCACAUUGGGGGUGGCUGCUGAAACUGCAUUCCUGGGAUUGAUCGAAGGCCUCAAAAUCUCGCUGCCUGACCCGAAGAAUAUCCCUGCGCCUGGCGAUGAUUGGAUCAUCAUCCUUGGUGGUGCAAGCAGUGUCGGUAAAUGCGCUGUUCAGCUGGCGAAAGUGUGCGGCUACAACGUCGCUGCGUCGUGCUCUCCCAAGUCGGCUGCUUCGGUCAAAGACCUUGGCGCAUUGACUUUCGACUAUAAAGUUUCUCUAGAUCAACAAGUGAAGGCAGUCCUCGACAUCACCUCGGGCAAAGUUUCCAAGAUCUUCGAUGCGGCCGCAGCUGACAACCCCUUGCUGGCUAAAGAACUGUUCAAGGCGACAAAUGAGGCUGAUAAAUAUUUCGCCACAACAAAUGACUGGAGCGGCAUUGGCGACUUCGAAGGUGGCAAGACACAUCUGGUGAGGCUUGGAGGCGUCGGGCGGCCGGAGGCCGAAGAACUGAAUGCGAACCUUGAAAGGUACAUCCCGGUCAUCCUUGGGUUGAUUGAGACGGGCAAAUUGCGGCCUCUGGAUUAUGAAUUGGUUGGCGAUGGCGGAUUCGAGGACGCCGUCAAGGCUUACAACCACCAGAAGUCCGGUGCCGCCGGAUCGCAAAAGGUGGUUGUCAAGAUCCAGGAUCCAUAG